GGAAAUUCAGUCAUAUUUUCACUUUUAUCAUCUACGCAGCGGCGAAUAUAAUUUUCCACAAACAUCUAAUCCAAUAAAAAAGAAGAUCAGCUGUUUUUGACAGAAGCCGUUUUUGACGAACAUUUGUUGAAUGGAAAGCCCAAAUAAACAAUAAAGCCCCGACCAAACAAACCGACAAACGCCAAAGGUAAAUUAACUUGAUAGUUGCAGGAGUCGAAAAUGAUCCAAGUGGCGGAGUUGGAGGAAGACUUCACCGAAGAAUUCAAGGGUGGCACCCUCAGGAUAAAUCCGAACGCGAAAACCGAUACGCCCAAAUCCGCGAGCCCUGCCUUCGAUAGAAGCGAGAAAAACCCGGAAGGAAACAAUCAGAGCAACAGUUGCCAUUGGAGGAACACCUUCAUGGCGCCGCUAUCAUCCAUUCCAAAUAAAAUUACCGAGACCAUAUGGAGUUCGAAGGGCGGCAAAGAGGAGCCGGCGACGGCGCAGACGGCGCCGCCCGCCGCCGCGGCCUCCAACGAGAAGAGCCUCCAGCCCGCCGUCAGCGUCAGGGAGGACCCGAAUAAUUUCUUCACGUUUCGCGACGGGGUGGUCGAGAGGGCGGUGAGGGAGUGCACCGCUCACCUGUUGGACGAGAGCGAGGGGCCCGUCUACGCUUCGUUUCUGCUCACCCUGAUAAAUCAUUGGGAUACAGACAAAGAGCGUUUGAUAAUGUUAACGGCGAAAAAUCUGAUACUAGUUAAGUAUGAUUUCAUUGCGUUGAGGCGUUUAGGUUGCAGAAAAUUUCAAUAUAGCGAUAUAGAAGGGAUCGUUAUUGGUAAUUUAGUGUAUCCUAAUGGGUCGCUCAUACCAAAAAUGAAUGGAUUUGCUGAUGGAAUAUCCAGCUUAUUGGAAAAUUGUUUAUUCAAAAGAAUGCCUAAAAACGACAAUCAGGCAGAUAUUGAAAACCUUAAUCAAAAUAGGGACAGAAACAUGAAGGGCAUCCGACUGUUGCUCAAGCAAGACAAGCCGGACAGUUUCGUAUCGAAGUGGAACCCCUUCAACAACGAAGUGCCAUUUUUGACGUUCACCUUCCACCCUCUCUAUUUCCACAAAGAUUGUACAGAUGAGAGGAUCCGCAACGUGUACAGCCUGGACUUGUUCGUCGAGCACGUGUGCCUGUCCGUGCAGAAAUGGAAGGAGAACAGCGUUAUCCUGCAGCACAACAUCCUGCUGGAGAACUACGUGGGCGUGGGGUCCGUGAUACACAACAGGAACUCGCUGGGGUUCUUCAAGGUGCGAGGCAAGUUCAGCUUCUAGGGCGUCUUAUCGAAUUUAAAAUGGAAGUAAUCUCGAUGUGAUAUGCGCAUUAAUUUUAGCGUCAAUUAAUGCUUAUGUAAAAGAUAUAUGGCGUAAAUGGUAUUGGGUAAGUUUUUCCGCUUAAAAAUUUGUGCUAAAGAUUUUCGGGGAUAUUUUUUACAUGUCUAUUGAAUAUAAAUGUAUGUAUACAUGUUAGGUGUACAGAUCGGUUCUUUAACGGGUCCAUAUUUUGAGUAAUAUGCCGGAAUACUGGGAUUUUCUUAUGAGGAAACGAUGGUGAACUGACCCUUGUCCAAAGAGUUGGUACUUAGUGAAUUAGCUAAACCAAAAUCUAUAAAAUAUAUUAUCGAGUAAAUCUGUUUCGAUGUCAUAAGAGAACUUAAAUGUGGUAAUAAUAUUUAUCUUAAAUAUAAAUCAUUUAGUAAUUAACGAUGACAAUGUGGAAUUCUAACGAUGUGCAGUAACUAAUAUUGCUAAAAAUAGCAUAAUUCUUACAACAAAUAAUUAUCUUAAUAUCACAUCAUUCCAGUACAUAUCUAUACUACUUAACUUAAUCUUAUCGAAUGAAAAAACAGCGAAAAUUAGUUGCAUUAUUUUUCUUAAACUAAAACUAUCGCUAAAAUUAAAACCGUACAAUUCCACAGGGAAAAUAAAACAAAUCAUCGUAUUUUGAUAUUAAUGUUUCAACGCUAGCGUAACUUCGAAUUGAAACGAAUUUUCUUACUAUACAGGGUGUUUUUUAAUAGAAUACUAUAAGACUGGACGAUUCUUGGGCCAAUUUUAAGAAAAAAACUUCAUAUGAACCUAUGAU